AUGGGUCAACGGCAGUCCUCGGACAGCGCUGCCCAGGACCAGGCUCCGGCCAAAGCAGACUACUAUGAUCUCCUCGGCGUCGAAAGAACUGCGACUGACGAUGACCUCAAAAAGGCAUACCGGCGAAAGGCCCUCGAACUGCACCCGGAUCGAAAUUUUGGCAAUGUCGAAGAGACCACGAGACUGUUCGCCGAGAUCCAGUCUGCCUAUGAAGUCCUCUCCGACCCUCAGGAACGUGCAUGGUAUGACUCGCAUAGAGAUAUCCUUCUGCGCGGUGACCAGGCAGCUGGCCCGACGUCAGAUGAGUUCUUCUACAACAUGCGGAUGACAACCACGGAAGAGGUGUUAAAAUUGAUGAUGAAGUUUAAUGGCCGAUUGGAAUAUACCAAUGCUCCGAGUGGCUUUUAUGGCGGACUGAACGACUUCUUUAAGCAGCUUGCGAAAGAGGAGGACAUUGCUUGUCAGUGGGAGGAUGAAGACCCAAUGGACUACCCUGAGUUCGGGCUCAAGGAAGAUGAUUAUGAGGACGUGGUUCGCCCAUUUUACGCGGCAUGGAGCGGGUUUGCCACUAAGAAGAGCUAUUCUUGGAAAGAUCAAUACAGGUUAUCGGAUGCGCCAGACAGACGAAUUAGGCGCUUGAUGGAAAAGGAAAACAAGAAGAUCCGGGAUGAGGCCGUGCAGGAGUACAAUGAAGCAGUGCGCUCUUUGGUUGCUUUUAUUCGGAAACGAGACCCUCGUGUUCAAAACAACCAAAAGUCAGAAGCUGAACGGCAAAAAGCCCUUCGAGAGGCGACUGCUGCACAAGCGGCACGGUCGAGGGCAGCACAACAAGCGAAGCUUCAGGAAACUGGUGCUGAGGCAAUAGCUGAGUGGGCCAAAUCAAGGUCGAAAGACGAAUAUGAAGGCGGGUUCUCGAGUGAGUCUGAGUUGGAGGAACACGAGUAUGACUGCGUGGUCUGCGACAAGACUUUCAAGAGCGAGGCCCAAUUCAAGGCUCACGAGAAGAGCAAAAAGCAUAUCAAGUUAUUAAAACAGCUGAAGAAGGAGAUGCGCCAGGAGGGUGUAGAAUUGGAGCUGGAAAAUGGUCAUAGAGCACGAGACCACGACGCUACAGCAGCUGAUGGAGACGAAUUCCACGAUGAGAAAGCCAAAUCAACCUCUCCGAAGACUGAUAUCGCUGAAACCGAGCCAAGCGACGCCGAGGUACAUCAACGGCAAACAGAUCUAGCAGGAACGGUGGAUAGCCACGAGUCCUCCGAGGCUUCAGACGAUGACGAUUACGCUCCCCGGUCAGAGAUUGAGCGACGCUUAGGCGAAGAACCUUUGGAGAGAAUUUCUGCAGCAUUUGACGAUGUCAGUCUCUCGGGCACUCCUCUCACGUCCGAUCCUGAGACGACAGCACAACCCAAGAUUGGCAAGGCAAAGCAGAAAAAAGCAAAGAGGGCCGCACAGAAGGCGGCAGAGCAAUCCGAUAAGGCGGCAGCAGAGUUUCAGUGUGUCGUAUGCAAAGCCGAGUUUCCGUCCAAGACGCGCUUGUUCAACCACAUCAAGGAGAAAAACCACGCCGCUCCAGUGACUCAGGUCAAAGGUGUCAAGGGCGGGAAAGGAAAGAAAAGAUGA